UGCAGUUCAGACGGGAAGACAGAGAGAGACAGAGGGAGAGCGUCUUGUUUGUGUACUGGGCGAGAAAGGGUAGAUACAAGGAGACAGCGCGUGCUUCUCUCGUCGAGGUACGCCGUCAAGGCAGCAUGGCGAGAUCAGGCAGAAUCUCGCUUCUGGCAGCAGCCUUGGCGCUCUUCGGAUCACGGCAAGGGGUGUGGGCGGCCGCAGCGCCGUCUUCGAAGGUCGCCUUCGUGCAGCACGGCUUGGCUGAGGGCGAGGAUGCUGUGAUGCACGCCCCGUCCACGAUCAGCUCUAGGCUGGCCACGAUGACACCCCAGCUCCUCUCCUCCGCUAUCGCGAGAGUGAUGAGCCUGGACGCACGCGCGGAGGUAGAGGCGGGGCUGCCGGCGGGAGACAUUUUCAACAGACCCGACGCGAACGUCUUGGUGUUCGUCGAUGGAAUUCGACCCAAAGGGUCUACAUCUACGCCGUUCAUGACGGAGUGGCUCGAGGAGCCGACUGCGGUAUACGGCCUUAGGACACCAACCAAUGACGCCUGGACGUCCGGGCUCGAGAGUACCCUCGGCACUUCCUUCGACGUUGUGGACGCGGUGAGCGGCGUAAUCUGCGCUGCCGUAGACCCGGCGCUGGGCUACACGGAGGCGUGUUCGUCGUCGGGCGGCCUGCUGGAGGUUGCGCCCGCUGAUGCGGCGCUUGGGGAGGGGAACUCGCCGACCGGCGUGACGGUGGACACGUCGAGCGGCCUCCGGACGCUCGUUUUGUCGGGCGCGGACGAGGGGGAGGAGGACGCCGCGGUGCUCGACCUGACGGUGGACGCUGACGUGCGCUUGGUGGAAGAGCUGAUCUUCUUGUCCAGACUGCCCGAGGCUCUGUCGGAGCGGCUUGUCGCCGGACGCGCGGGGUCCCCCCCCCUGGUGAUAGUAUACCUGUCUUCUCUCAAGGCGAUCAACACCUCCUACGGUGCGCGGUCUAUCAAGGCAAGAUUGGCGUCGAAGGCCCUCGACGCCGCGCUUGGCGAAGCAUUCAACGCCAUGUCUGCUGGAGCGGGCCGCCGCCUGACCUCGCAGCUCAUCGUCGGCCCGGCCCUGUCGCAAAAGCUCGCCGUCGGCGGCCGCCGCCUUCAAAGCGACGAUGACUCAUCAUCAUCCGCCGCGACCAAUGAGACUACCCUCGUGGAAAUCACCCAGUUCCAGCUCAACAUGUGGACGGGGGUGGGGCUCGCCCUCAUGGGCUUCUUGGCGAUCUACGCGACGUUCAACAUGGACGUGCAGCCAGACAGCCUGCUGUACGCCAAGUUUAUCACGGACACCAGCGGCGGUGGACUCAAGACAGAUUGAUCUUAUAGAGGCGGCGACGAACAGGUCGAGAGGCACGCACACGAGCAUCAGCAGUUGUGGCUCUUGAGCUACAGCUUGGAUAGGACGUAGGAUGGCACAUGCGGUAUGCAUAGAUACCGAUUUGUGAGAGAAGGGGGGGAAAGAUCGACACAUGUAGUUUGUGCCAGUGUCCGGGCCGGAAGAGCCUUGCCUCUUUUUUCUUGGGAUUCGGAUCUCUUUUUCUCUUUCCUGUGGUCGAAUCUUCGGCUUGCAGCCGGACAGGACUCCCUGCUGUGCACCAAGUUUUAGUACGAUGUCAGCACGAAACGGUCGUGGACUCGAGGCGGACAGACAGCAGUGGGAGAAAUGCACGCAGCUGGCGGCAGUGUUCGUGUCAAGGCGAUCGGGUACAGCGGCAGACCGCCUUGUAGAUGGUGGUGUACCAGCAGCAGGACGCGUGUCCAAAAUCACUUGUUUGCACACACCCCUUAGUGCCUCCUUGAUGCUUGUAUCGUACGUUCAGAGGGGUUAGUACUUGGUGCGUUUGUUUAGGAUUUGGGUUAUACUACCGUAGGUGUGUGCGAUGGGUGGGGUGGGACGGUACGUUUCUUCGUUUUUUUCGUGGGAUCGAGCGCGAAGCCACGUGAGUGUGCCGGCUUCUAUCCGUAAAUUGUCUCAAGUAGUAUGUCCUGCGGUUUGUUGGUGCAGGAUGAGGAGACUGUUUUAGGCGUAGCUCUUAUUCCUUGUCGCGCUGCAACUACUUCUGUCGCCGUGUUGUCUUGUACAAAGAACUCGUCAUCAUUUGUUGUCGGGAUGCGGUUAAUACACUGCCAUUUGGUUCGGUC